AUGGCAACUCUGGGCCCCGGGAUCUUGGUGGAGGGUAACUCCGAAGAAGAGUCUGCCGUAUUGCGAGAGGAGAUCUUGCACAAAGCAGGCCUACUGACGAAGUUUGGCCUGCAGGAGGAGAUCGCAGAGCAGCCGACACAGCCUGCGCUGCCCGCACCGAAUCCUGCAGGUUCUGAUGAGGAGGACGGCGACUUUUUCAUCGUGGUCAAAAGUGAAUUUGAAAAGCUGGAGGACCCUGAAGUGCCACUCUCGGAUGAGACACUUUCCCGGCUGCUCGAUGUGCCGGAGGCAGCAGCUGUGCGAGGAAGCAGCGAGCUUGCAAAGGAGCUGCUUGCUGUCGACAGCACCCAGUUUCCGAACUUGUGCUUGCAGAUAAAGUCCUUCCUGGACAUCGGGAGCGAAGAGGAGCAUGUCCCAGCUUCUGAACACGAGCGAGAAGCCAGUUGCGUGUGGGAGAAACAGACUCAGCAAAGCUUUUGCAGCGGGUGUCAGGGUUUGAAAAGGUAG